GGCCUAUGAGUAGAUUCCCCGUGCUAGGUCCGGUCAUGUUCUUUGGCCGGUGGCGCCGCCUGGGGCUCUGCCUCCUGCUGUCGCUGCUGCUCCCGGGCGCGACCGGGCACAAAGGGGCGGCGAAGCCGGGAGAGGAGUCCGAGCAGCCGGGCGCGGGAGGGGCCUGGCCGGCCUUCCAGGGCUUGAAGGAGAGGCUGAGCGCGGCCGGCGCCCUCUCCGCACGGUACUGGGCGCUCUUCCGCUGCCAGGUGUGGCCCGAGGACUGUGAAGAAGACGAGGAGGCUGCCGCCGAGCCCCUAGGCUGGAACCUUCCCCUGUUGGGCCAACAGUACCUGAAUAUCCUGACCAGGUGGUACUGCAGCUUCCAGGACUGCUGUGACAGUGGGGACUGCAGGAUCUCCAACAACUUCACAGGCCUUGAGUGGGACCUAAGUGUGCGCUUGCAUGGCCAGCAUGUGGCCCGGGAGCUGGUCCUGAGAACAGUGAGGGGCUACUUGGAGACACCCCGGCCAGACCAGGCCCUGGCUCUGUCAUUCCACGGCUGGUCCGGUACAGGCAAGAACUUUGUAGCACGAAUGCUGGCGGAGAACCUGUACCGGGAUGGGCUCAGGAGUGACUGUGUCAAGGUGUUCAUCACCAUGUUCCACUUCCCUCACCCCAAGUAUGUGGACCUGUACAAGGAGCAACUGACAGGCGAUAUCCGGGAGUUACAGCAGCGCUGUCGCCAGACGCUGCUCAUCUUUGAUGAGGCGGAGAAGCUGCACCUGGGGCUGCUGGAGGUCCUCGGGCCAUACUUGGAGCGCCGGGACCCCCAGGGCCACCAGGCUGAGCCCCCAAGAACCAUCUUUCUUUUUCUCAGACUCCCUCACACUGCUGGACCUGAGGAAAAGACCAGGGGGAAAGCAAGCACAUUGGUGCACAGUAACCUUGGGGGCAAUAUCAUCAAUGAAGUGGUUUUGAAUUUGCUUAAGGCUGGACAGUCCCGUGAAGACAUUACAAUGGAACACUUGGAGCCACACUUCCAGGCUGAGAUUUUGGAGUCCAGAGAUAGUGGUUUUGGCCGCAGCCGUCUUGUGAAGGAAAGCCUGAUUGACUUCUUCAUUCCCUUCCUGCCACUGGAGUACCGUCAUGUAAGGUUGUGUGCACGUGAUGCUUUCCUGAGUCAGGAGCUCCUGUAUACAGAAGAGGUGCUAGAUGAAAUCGCCCAGAUGAUGGUGUAUAUCCCCAAGGAGGAACAACUCUUCUCUUCUCAGGGCUGCAAAUCUAUUUCCCAGAGAAUUAACUACUUCCUACCAUAAGAGCUAGAUGAAGACUUCCUGAAGCUGGCUUCCUUCCACUCACAGGAUGCUGAGCCUGCCAGAGCAGUGGCUGGGACUACAAAGGAUGGGAGGAGCAGGCUGGCAGCCAUCAAUUACUACACUAACAUGACUGUGUAAAAGGAAGGCCUUAAACCAGAGCCAAUUCUUAAGAUCACUUGGUGCCUUAAACACCCACAUUCUAAAAUGUGGGCCAGGUGGUUCAAGAAAUCCCAGGGCUUAAUAAGACUAUAUGGAUGGACUCCUUUGCAUCUCAGAUCUUCCCUGCAGAUAUCUGGACUCGAGAGCUGCAUCUCUGAGGCUGUAGGAUCCUCAGGUUACAGAUAAGGGAAGAAGAAUGAAGUUCUGCUGACCAGUGGGUUUGCUGGCAGGGUGGGUUGGCUUUCAAGUUGUUAUUCCCAGAGGAAAGCCAAGCAGCUUUUAUUUGUGAGCAGAAGACCUGCAAAGGUUGAGGGGUAAGGUACACGAAGGACCAAUUUUUAAGAAAAAAUUGCCAGUGCAGAUUUUUAAAAAAUCAUGGGCCUCAACAUGACUGUCAAGUAAAGAUUAAAAUUUUGUAUUUUUCUAAAA